GAACAGUUUAAGCGGCCGGUCGAAUGUUCCGGUGCAUAUGUUAGUGUCGGUCCGCUAUAAUUUUGUGAUACCUAAUGGUUCUACCUGUGAAAUAAGAUGUGAUGUCAGAUAGAGGUCUUGAACUUCGAAUCUGGAAAAAUAAGUUAUACAAUUUGCAGCGUGAAGCUCCUUCGCCACAUGUUAUACCCUGCAAUCGAGUUUUAAAUCAUUGCCCACCCCAGUAUGGUGUUGAAUAUCAUGGCCCAAUAUCGCGUCAGGAAACCGAAGAGCUGCUUUCUAAUGCACAUGAUGGCUCUUACCUUAUUAGAGACAGUCAACGUGCCGAAAACGCCUAUACCUUGGUCAUUUGGUUCGAUAAAGUGGCAAAAAACUUCAAGUUGUAUUUUGAUCCCAUAACCAAGCAGCACUUUGUUGGAGAAACUAAAUUUGACACUGUAGAACUCCUUGUCGCUGAUGGCCUUAUUCAUUUUUAUGUGGAAACACGCGGAGCAGAUGUUCUUAAGAGAAUUGCAGAAGCCAACAUUUAUCAAAAGACGCCGUUUUAUAAGGUUCGUUAUCACACUUUCAACUCUCAGGCAGUAGAAGCAUGCCUUAGCAUAAAGUCCUCUGAAAACAAAGUGAUGAAUAACGAACGUCCUCUUCCUUCUCCGUUAAAACACCUCCAAGCUUCUCAACGCUAUGCAAACACUUCCAAACAGUUAUCGUGUCGUCGUCAGUCUAUGGAUGCAAGUCAUUUUGAUAGCCGUUCCAAAUAUCAGUCCGUCGUUUUUACGAAACCACUUAUUCGUGACUGGCCUGAUGAUAAAAAUGGGUUCAAAAAUUACCGGAAUUAUCCCCCUCUGGCUGUUCAACAGUCUAAUGUUUGUAGCCCAAUACAACAACAAACUGACCCAAUAACUACCACUUCUACUUUUGAAGUAGGUUUUUCUCAUCUAAGGUUGGGACCACAAGGAGAUGUGCAUGAAGGUGUGAGCAGCACACAGUCUUUCUCUGGAGUUACUUCAUCUCACACAACACAAGCUUCCAGUCGUAGUACAGUAACAGCAACUAGCUGUGCAACCGUUGUUAAAACUAUUUCUUCAAGUGACCAAUGUUCUUCGGUUAAUUCAGUUUUAAUUCAAGCACCUCUUGCUACUUGUUUUUCUGGGGAAUCAAGCAGUUUAAGUUCUUGUACAAAUAGUAGUUCUAGUAGCCACAUGGGUAUUCUACCGAGUGCUCAGUCAUAUGAGUUGGAAUCUGAAUUUUCUUCCGAAUCAUUUGGUCCAAGACAUAUUUCAUUUGGUAGUAAUUUAUCUGACCACUAUUUUUCAAACGGAGUUUCAUUUCAAAGUUCCAAACUUAAUGGGAGUACGUCAACUUCUCCAAAACAACAGCUAAAUGAUUUAUCCUUUACAGAUUCUGACUAUGCACAAAAUGAUGCUAUGCGUAAUCUUCAGGAACGAUAUAACUUGCCUAUGGCUUGUUUACCGGAUCCAUGUACUUUUAUUUCAAAUGUCAAACCACAUAAUUUUAGGAUUCAUACUUAUCGUGGACCUCAUUGGUGCGAUUAUUGUACUCAUUUUAUAUGGGGGCUCGUUGCUCAGGGCAUGAAAUGUGUAGAUUGUGGAUUUCAGGCUCAUAAACGAUGUGCUGAUCUUGUACCGUGUGACUGUGUACCAGAUAUUAAACAAAUGAAGCGAGUGUUCGGUGUGGACUUGACUAAUUUGGCAAGAGCUGAAAACAAGACUGUGCCAACUCUGCUAAUUAAAUGCAUUCAAGAAGUAGAACGUCGAGAUGGUUUGCGUUGUGAAGGCCUUUAUCGUAUUCCUGGAAAUUAUGAUCUUGUGGAAGAAUUACGUACUGAAUUUGAUAAAGAUCCGGAAUUGGCAAAUGUAUCUGAGGCACGUGUUCGAGAUAUCAAUGUUUUGACAAGUUUGAUUAAAUCAUUUCUGCGUCAAUUGCCUGUUCCAUUAAUCACCUAUGAAGCAUAUCCAGAUUUACUGGAUGUUGUUAGAGAUGAUCGACUGAAUGAACAAGAGAAAUUAGAUUUGUUAAGAAAAAUAUUUGCUCGCUUACCCGGUGCACAUUAUGAAAGUUUGCGUUAUUUUAUAAACCAUAUACACAGGUAAUAAUAAAUAAACUUUAAAUGUUUAAAUUGUUAGUAUUAUAAUGGUACCAGGUUUCCAUCACUUAAUAUAUUUUCGAGGUUUUUUGAUUUAUUAAUCACUUAUUGAUUAUGUCAUAUUCUUUUUUCACCUUGUCACCACCUCAAAAUCCUACAAGCAUGGAUAGCCUUCUUGUUUUCAUUGUAUUAUGGAAAAUGAGAGGGUUUUAUCAAAACUAAGGCUUUCAGUACAAACUACUCGUAUUUUCACUUAUUAGUUGUCCUCAUCAGUAUGUUCUGUCAUUAAUUCUCUGAAUGAGGUUACUAACGAACAGCUGUCUGUUGAAAUGAGGCACAACUUAACAUGAAGGAAGCUGGAUUACAUAGCUCUGCGAGAAAAUUUAUAUCUAAUAUACAAUCCGAAAAGUACAGAAAAAUAUUAGCUUGCUUUUUAAAGAAUGAAUAACCGUGUAGCGUGUCAGGCACGAAAUCAACUGUAAAGACUAACAAAUAGAUUGUCUUACUCUACAGAUGAAACGUCACAACUACAAAGACAUAUUGUUUUUUAAGAACAGGGGAAGGCUGAACAGACUAUUACAGCUGCUGUAAAUAUUACACCUGACAAAGCUGUCGCCGUCCUUGUGCGCGGAAGCAUGAAUUCUUUUUCAGAUAUCACAGCAUAUCUUCGCUCAUUUCAUAUGAACAUAAUUUGACUGACCUACUUUUAAAGUUAUGAGUUGAAUUAUCGUAAAUUUGGUCAAAGGACUUUUAGAAGCAAGAUAGUUAUUUCAUUCUGUUAUCGAUAGGGAUAAUCAAUCAACCAACGACAUAAUAAUGGCCAUUUAUAGAGAGCUUAUUUCAGGGAAACAAUCGACAGAUAUCUAUGAAGAAAAUGAACACAAUCACUGUGUUAAUAUAACAGCUUGUUUAUUUCGACUAACAAAAUCCAAAAAAUGAUAAUCCGCAAUACCUAGAUCAGAUUUACAGUCAGUCAGUCAGCUACAACGUAGGACCAGGCACAUAUGUGCAUCGGUCCAGGUUGCCAUACCGCAUCGGCACAACAAGAUGAACACCGGAUUCAUAACAGUGGUUAGGUAAAAGGUGGUAAUAUAUAAGAGAAAGAUUGCAUAUAGAGAUAUAGUACAAGAAGAAAGAAUUGGUUCGUAGAAAGAAAGAUAUGAAGCGCUUUUAAUCUCUUAGUUUAAGGGAAGACAGGAAGUGUAUACACCGACGCCAUUGUGAUCGAUUCUGAGCCAUGUCACCAAGAGUCUCCAACCAUUGGUUACGAUAGUCACGCGGACCCCAACCAAGUAGUCUGCAUCUACCAACAUGGCUCAGACUAGAAGUUAGUGAUUUUAAGCACUGAUGCAACGUUUUGGUUUGGCCGCCCCUAACUUCCAACCAUUUCCAUUUCAGAUUUACACAUUCGGCUAAACUGAAAUUCGAUUAGAAAUGUUAGUUUGUGUACUAUUUUAGAGUUUGGUUUUCAAAUUAGUCUUUUUCUAUAGUCUAUACCACUUCAUUAUCAAUAAUUGUGAUUGAAUUUUCUCUAUCAAAAGCUCAACAAUCUUGGUAAACAAAAUAGAUGUAAAAGCUGCCAAAAUACGUAAUUAAGUUUGCUUAUACAUUAAAAUUAUUCAAGGAGUGCAUAUUGUACUCUCAUUAUUAAUAUAGUUUUUUUCAAUUGACACAUAAUUAAAAGUUUGAUGUUGAAAUAUUCAUUUUUAAAAUAUUUUUUACAGAGUAGCUGAAAAGCAAGAUGUGAAUAUGAUGACUGCAGCUAAUUUAGCUAUUGUCCUAUCACCUACUCUACUGAGUUCAUCUUAUACUGAUCCUAUAAGUUGUUUAGCUGGAACACUUUUUGAACAUACCUUAAUAGAAUUACUUAUAAAACAUUGUACUUACUUACUUCCAUCAAGCGGACGAUGGUUAGCUAGUAGACCUACUGAAUUAGCAGACAAUGCAAUCCAUUCACCAUCCCAUCGUCAUAGUCAAAUUAUUACCAAUAAUAAUUUUAUUCCACCAGUCACUACGGUAUCACCACCUAGUAUACCAUCUUAUAAGAAAUGGAAUUUUUUAAGAAGUCGAUCAUCCACAGAUACUCGUACAGUGCCAACUUUAUCACCUAUCCCAUGAAAUUGAAUGAACAAUUAUCGAUCUCGUUCUUUAUCUCUUUGUGUCAGUAUAAAUAAAUUAUUGUGAAAUGUCAUAUUUUUUACUACCUAUCUUACCAUUAUAUUAUUCUCUGAUUGUUCUGUAUCAACAAAUAUUUGUUAACACAUUCCACCAUUUUUUUUAUAUAACUUUUUGAUUGUGUCCAUUUUUGCAUUUCACAAAACUUCUGGUUCUUAACAAACUUGUACACAUAUGUUUACUCAUUUCUUGAACUCCAUAAUGUAUGUGCUUGUUUUUAGAGAAAUCAUUCAUAAGUGAUACUUUUAUUGUCUUCCAGUUUUUUUCUUUUAUUUACUUUAAAACAUUUAAAUGCAAGCAGUAUAAUUUUGAGUUUAUAUGACUACUUAAAAGCUUACUUAUAUAAAUAUAGCGUGUUUCCAACAUCUGAUUGUGUGUUUCUAUCCUAUCCUAUUGUUCAACUCACUACCUUUGAAUAUAUGCUUGUUGUCCAGCUCUUAUUAUGUGGGGAUUAUGCUGAGACAUCUUUAAACAUUAUUUAUUGAUAAACUUAUAUGAUGGUACCAUUUUUAUUUGAUUUUUAUAAAUAGGUCUGACAGUGCAAGACAAGAAAACGAAAUAACACUUUGUACAUAUACAUAUAUCUGUAUUAUU